AUGUGCUCCUCUCUCUAAGAGACAAAAACCAUGGAGCCUUCCAAUUCUGCCACCGCAAGGCAACUCCCUCCUUAAAACCCCUCCCCACACUCCCCACUCUCUCCAUCAGCCCAGUGCCCACCACCGCGCGCGCCAUGGCUGCCCUCCACCGCCUCCUCGCGCUCUUCCUGCUCUCGCUCCACGCCAUUGCGGCCGCCUCCUCCGACGCCGACCACCUCCUCUCCGCCAAGUCCGCGCUCUCCGACCCCACCGGCGCGCUCUCUGACUGGGUCGCCGGCUCCGGCCGCGGCUCACCAUGCCGCUGGCGGCACGUGUCCUGCGUCAAUAACUCCACCGGUGCCGUCGCCGGGCUCUACCUCAGCAAACACUCCCUCGGCGGCGGCUUCCCGACCGCGCUCUGUUCUCUGGGGUCCCUGCAGCACCUCGACCUCUCCAUCAACGAUCUCGUGGGUCCGCUGCCCGCCUGCCUCGCCGCGCUCCCGGCGCUCGCGCACCUCAACCUCGCCGGGAACAACUUCUCCGGCAGGGUCCCGCCGGCGUGGGGCACCGGGUUCCGGUCGCUCACCGUGCUCAACAUGCUCCAGAACCUGCUCUCCGGCGAGUUCCCGGCGUUCUUGGCCAACAUCACCGCGCUCCAGGAGCUCCAGUUUGCCUACAACCCGUUCUCGCCGUCGCCAUUGCCAGAGAAGCUCGGCGACCUCGCCGACCUCCGCGUGCUGUUCGUCGCCAACUGCUCCCUGAAUGGUAACAUCCCUUCUUCCAUCGGGAAGCUGAAGAAUCUCGUCAAUCUGGACCUCUCGUCGAACAACCUCUCCGGCGAGAUACCAAGUAGCAUUGGGAAUUUGAGUUCUUUGGAGCAGAUCGAGCUCUACUCGAACCAGCUCUCCGGGAGUAUUCCGGUGGGGUUAGGAGGCUUCAAGAAGCUCCGGUUACUGGACAUCUCCAUGAACCGGCUCACCGGGAACAUACCGGAUGACAUGUUCGCCGGGCCGAGCCUUGAGAGCGUGCACGUGUACCAGAACAAUCUGAUCGGGCGCUUGCCGGCGACGCUGGGGACGGCGCCAAGUCUGUCCGACCUGAGGAUUUUCAGCAACCAGCUUGAAGGGCCGUUGCCGCCGGAGUUUGGGAAGAAUUGCCCGCUCGGAUUCCUGGACACGUCGGACAACCGGCUGUCCGGUCCCAUUCCGGUGACGCUGUGCGCUUCCGGGAAGCUGACGCAACUCAUGCUGCUGGAUAACGAGUUUGAGGGCGCCAUUCCGGUGGAAUUGGGGCAAUGCCGGACGCUGAUGAGGGUGCGGCUGCAGAGCAACAGGCUGACUGGUCCGGUGCCCCCGGAAUUCUGGGGAUUGCCGGGUGUCUACCUGCUCGAGCUCCGUGAUAAUGCGCUGUCGGGGACUGUUGAUCCUGCCAUUGCUGGUGCCAAGAACCUAUCCAAGCUGCUCCUGCAGGACAACCGGUUCACUGGUGCUCUGCCUGCCGAGCUAGGGACAUUGGCCAAUCUGCAAGAGGUGUCGGCUUCCAACAAUGGCUUCUCUGGGGCCCUGCCCUCUUCACUUGCCAAGCUUUCUAUACUUUACAGUCUUGAUCUGAGCAACAAUUCCCUCUCUGGAGAGAUCCCGCGGGAUUUUGUUAAGUUGAAGAAAUUGUGGCACCUGGACCUUUCAGAUAAUCACCUCACUGGGAACAUCCCAACGGAGCUUGGGCAAAUCUAUGGGAUGAAUUGGCUUGAUUUGUCGAACAAUGAGCUUUGUGGUCAGGUGCCUGUACAAUUGCAGAAUCUUAAGCUGACUCAUUUCAACCUAUCCUAUAACAAGCUCUCUGGGGCUCUUCCUGUUUUCUUCAAUGACUUACAGUUCCGAGAAAGCUUCCUGGGUAACCCUGGACUGUGCUAUGGGUUUUGUCAGAGUAGUGGCAAUUCCGGUGCCAACCGGCAUGCCCUUGUCAAUUCGGUUGUCCCCAUCCUCAUUGCCUCUAUGAUCAUCCUACUCAUUGGUUUCGCGUGGUUCAUUUACAAGUACAGGAGCUACAAGGAGCAUGCUGCUGAAUUCAGUGAUGAAAAGUCUAGUUGGGUGCUCACAUCCUUCCACAGGGUGGAUUUCAGCGAGAGGGACAUAGUGAAUAGCCUUGAUGAGAACAAUGUGAUUGGCCAGGGUGCAGCAGGCAAGGUGUACAAGGCUGUUAUCGGGCCUCGGGGUGAGGCCAUGGCUGUCAAGAAGCUCUGGGCGAGCCAUGCAGCGAGUCAGAAGAUCGACAGCUUUGAGGCCGAGGUCGCAACACUGAGCAGAGUACGGCACAAAAACAUUGUCAAGCUCGCGUGCUGCAUCACGAACAGUGUCUGCAGGCUGCUUGUCUACGAGUACAUGCCGAAUGGCAGCCUGGGGGACUUUCUCCACAGUGCCAAAAGCAGCAUCUUGGAUUGGCCCAUGAGGUAUAAGAUUGCUUUCAAUGCUGCUGAAGGACUCAGCUACUUGCACCAUGACUGUGCGCCCCCAAUCGUCCAUCGAGAUGUGAAGUCAAACAACAUUUUGCUUGAUGCGGAGUAUGGUGCCAAGGUUGCAGAUUUUGGUGUUGCAAAGACUAUUGGGGACGGGUCGGCCACCAUGUCGGUCAUCGCUGGCUCUUGUGGAUAUAUCGCUCCUGAGUAUGCUUACACUCUUCGUGUAACUGAGAAGAGUGAUAUAUACAGUUUUGGCGUGGUAAUCCUGGAGCUUGUCACUGGUAAGAAACCGAUGGCACCGGAGAUUGGCGAGAUGGACCUUGUGGCGUGGGUGACUGCUAAUAUUGAGCAGAACGGUCCAGAGUCUGUGCUCGAUCAGACACUUGCCGACCAGUUCAAGGAUGAGAUGUGUAAGGUUCUGAAGAUUGCGCUGCUCUGCGUCUCGAACCUUCCAAUCAAUCGCCCACCGAUGAGGGCUGUGGUGAAGAUGCUACUGGAGGUCAAGGCAGAGAACAAGCCGAAGGCAGCCCCAGCCAUCUUAGCUUAGGCAAACCCAUCUGAAUAAUACUGAAUAAUAGUAGUAUGUGUUCUUGGAUAAUGUACUCAAAGCCAACGGCAAUUAUAUCUGAUCCUGAGAAGUGCACUACUGAUAGCAGCUAGCUAGUUCUGAAACAUUAGCAGUUUGGUGAUUUUAAAAAGGUUCUAAUAACUGUAGUAGCCUUUUACUCUGAAUGAAAAGUGCCGGUUGCUGUCAUAUUGUC